AUGGCCGUACCGGCUGCUUUGAUCCCUCCGACCCAGCUGGUCCCCCCUCAGCCUCCGGUCUCAACUUCUGCCGCCUGCACCACCACCACCACCACCUCGUCGUCGGCCACCUCGUCGUCGGCCACCUCCUCUCCGUCUCCGUCCAUCGCUCCCCCGCCGGCCGUUUCGGGGACAAACCUAUUCCGGCCGGAGCCCAUCGCAGCGGCGGCGGCGGCAGCGGCGGCCACAGUCACCUCCACCACCAGCGGCGGCGGCGGUAACGGCAGCGGCGGCGGCAGCCCCAGCCUGGGCACCGGCGGCGGCAGCAGCAGCGGCGGCGGCGGCGGCAGCGGCGGCACCUCCACUCCCAAUGCCAGCGCGGCCAGCGCGGCCGGCAGCCUGCCCGGCAAGCCCGUGUACUCGACCCCGUCCCCGGUGGAGAACACCCCCCAGAAUAACGAGUGCAAGAUGGUGGAUCUGAGGGGGGCCAAAGUGGCCUCCUUCACCGUGGAGGGCUGCGAGCUCAUCUGCCUGCCCCAGGCUUUCGACCUCUUCCUGAAGCACUUGGUGGGGGGCUUGCACACGGUCUACACCAAGCUGAAGCGGCUCGAGAUCACGCCCGUGGUCUGCAACGUGGAGCAGGUCCGCAUCCUGAGGGGGCUGGGGGCCAUCCAGCCCGGGGUCAACCGCUGCAAACUCAUCUCCAGGAAGGAUUUCGAGACCCUCUACAACGACUGCACCAACGCCAGUUCUAGACCUGGAAGGCCUCCUAAGAGGACUCAAAGUGUCACCUCCCCAGAGAAUUCUCAUAUCAUGCCACAUUCUGUCCCAGGCCUAAUGUCUCCUGGAAUCAUCCCACCAACAGGUCUGACAGCAGCAGCUGCAGCAGCAGCAGCUGCCACCAAUGCUGCCAUUGCAGAAGCAAUGAAAGUGAAAAAAAUCAAAUUGGAAGCUAUGUCUAACUAUCAUGCAAAUAAUAACCAGCAUGGAGCAGACUCUGAAAAUGGAGAUCUUAAUUCAAGUGUUGGGUUGGAACUUCCUUUUAUGAUGAUGCCCCACCCUCUGAUUCCCGUGAGCCUACCUCCAGCCUCUGUCACAAUGGCAAUGAGCCAGAUGAACCACCUCAGCACCAUCGCCAACAUGGCAGCAGCAGCACAAGUGCAGAGCCCUCCAUCCAGAGUGGAGACAUCUGUUAUUAAGGAACGUGUUCCAGACAGCCCUUCUCCGGCUCCUUCUCUUGAAGAGGGCCGAAGACCUGGCAGCCAUCCAUCCUCUCACCGAAGCAGCAGCGUGUCCAGCUCUCCUGCACGGACCGAGAGCUCUUCAGACAGAAUCCCUGUCCAUCAGAACGGGCUCUCUAUGAACCAAAUGCUGAUGGGUUUGUCACCUAAUGUCCUGCCUGGACCUAAGGAGGGUGAUCUGGCUGGUCAUGAUGUGGGACAUGAGACAAAAAGAAUACACAUUGAGAAAGAUGAGACCCCGCUCUCCACUCCAACCGCAAGAGACAGCCUUGACAAACUUUCUCUAACUGGGCAUGGGCAACCACUACCUCCGGGUUUUCCAUCUCCUUUUCUAUUCCCUGAUGGAUUGUCCUCCAUAGAGACCCUUCUGACUAACAUCCAGGGUCUGCUAAAGGUUGCUAUAGACAAUGCCAGAGCUCAAGAGAAACAGGUCCAACUGGAAAAAACAGAGCUGAAGAUGGAGCUCUUCAGGGAACGAGAACUGAGGGAAACACUUGAAAAACAGUUGGCUGUGGAGCAGAAGAACAGAGCAAUAAUUCAGAAAAGGCUAAAGAAGGAAAAGAAGGCAAAGAGGAAAUUGCAGGAAGCACUUGAGUUUGAGACUAAACGACGAGAGCAAGCAGAGCAAACACUGAAACAGGCAGCUUCAACAGAUAGUCUCAGGGUCCUAAACGACUCUCUGACCCCAGAGAUAGAAGCUGACCGCAGCGGGGGCAGAACAGAUGCUGAAAGGACAAUACAAGGUUCACUAGAUGCCUAUGCCUAG